AUGAGUAGUCUAUGUGGUUCGGGUGAUUGGGGACCAGGAAGUGACGAUGGUCUUGAUUUACAACCUUGCGCAAGAGAAGUUAUUUUGAAUGCCAUAAUUCCCAUCGGUUUUAUCGUUAUAUCCAUAACAGAUUUAUUAUGUCGUCUAGCUUGCUCGCAGACAGGAAGUCCACGCUCCUCUCGUUACCACUACAAUCAACUAUCAACAAUACAUGAACGUGGAUAUAUACCUGUCUCAAAAUAUGAUAUAGGUCAAUUUGUUAUAUCUUUUUUUCACUUAGGAUUUGUGAGCUUUCUUGUUGGCUGGAGAUUCGAUGAAUAUGAUGAGAACAAUGAUUACGGACUUUAUUGGGUUAUUGGUGCUGCUGGACAAUUUGUAUCAUGGUUUUAUAUAGCGGCCUUGAUAGGAUGUCAUUUUAUGACAAGAAAAAAUCAAACACAAUAUGCAUAUUUAAGACAUCUUCUUAUUUUCUAUACACUUUUUUUAAUAGUUGCAUGUAUUAACCUUCGUUCCAUGAUUAGAAAAGGAAUAGAUGUAAAAAAAGGUUAUGAAAUGGUUUUCGCCAUAUGGGAUGUUAUUGCUUGUACUUUAUUAUUUUGUUUUUCGUUGAAAAGACCUCGAAAUCCUCAAUUGAAACCAGCUGUUAAAAAUAGAGAAGUAUCUCAUGACACAACUGCUUCUUUAUGGUCCUUGCUCACUUUUGCGUGGAUGGCUCCUAUGAUUAAAUUAGGAAAUACACGUGUUCUUAAUGAGAAGGAUUUAUGGGAAUUGCCAUUUAAAUGUCAAGCAACAAAAUGUUACAAUGAAUUAGAAGGAAUAUCAAAUGUGGGGUUAUUUUCACGACUAAUUCUUGCUAAUGCUAGAAAUUUAGUCAUGUUUCUUAUAAUUGCAAUAUUAAGAUCAAUGCUAGCAUUUACAACGCCAUUUUUUUUGCAACAAUUAUUGAGAACCUUGCUAGAUCCUACAAAUCCACUUGAUGAGAAACCAUUUCUUUAUGCAUUUGGAAUACUUGUCUCUGAACUAUCCAGAAUAAUUUUUUUAAAUCAGUUGAAUUAUCAGGUAGUUUGGUUAGGUAUUCGAGUAGAACAAAUGCUUAGUGUAUCAGUUUAUGAAAAACAAUUGAGAUUAAAAACUAAUGCUAGGAAUGGUAGUGUUCGCCCAAGUAAUCUUAUCACAACAGAUGUUGACCAGAUUUCAGGGUUUUUUUCAAAUCUUCCAUUCGUUUUGACGAUUAUCUUGGAAAUAGUAUUGGCAAUUGUUUAUUUAUACGUAUUAUUGGGUAAUUCUGGCUUUAUUGGUAUUUUGGUAAUGGCAAUAUGUCUUUACUGGAGUAAUAAAAGAUUUAGUAGACGUGUCACAGUUUCACAAAAAAGAGUUAAAAAAGCAAGGGAUGAUAGAGUCAAUAAAACAUUUGAGUUUCUUCACGCAAUUCGAAUUAUUAAAAUGUUCGCUUGGGAGGAUAUCUUUUAUAAGAAAUUGAUGUCUUCACGUGAAAAUGAGCUUAAUCAACUUGGUCGUUUUUUUUGGCGCACAACAUUUCACACUCUACAUAUCCAUGUUACACCUUUCCUUGUUACAUUAUUUGCUUUUGGCUUUUAUACUUACUUUGGCCAUGAAUUGACGGCAGAUAUAGCAUUCACUAGUAUUACACUAUUCAACAUAUUGAAGCAACCAAUGCAAAUACUACCUAAUCUACUAAUAGAAUUUGUGGGAUUCAGUGUCGCUGUCAGUAAAGUAGAAAAGUUUUUAUAUGAAAUUGAAAUCAAAAGAGAAAUAUCACCUUCCAUUUCGGAUCACGAUAGAACUGUUCUAGGAAUUUAUGAUGCUAAUAUUUCCUGGAGCCUUGAUCCAAGUACCAGAGGCAGUAAUGCGUUUACUUUGAAAGGUGUCAACUUGGAAUUUCCUGUAGGAAAAUUAAGCGUAAUAUGCGGUAGCAGAUCAUCUGGAAAGACUAUGCUUAUUCUAUCACUUCUUCGAGAGACAUUUAUAACGCGUGGAAGCAUUCAAUUUCCCGCUAAACCAAUUGCAUAUGUGCCACAACAACCAUGGCUAAAGAGUUCAAGCAUAAGGGAUAAUAUUGUAUUUGGCGAGGCAUUUGACGUUGAUAAAUAUUGGCAUAUAGUUGAUGCUUGUUGUUUAACAGAAGUCUUUGGAAGUUUGAAAGAGGCUGAUUCUACAGAGUAUGAUGAAAAAAAUCUAAUCCUAACUGAUAGCCAAAAGGCUAGGAUUACUCUGGCACGUGCAUUAUACAGUUCAGCUCAGUACUUACUAAUAGAUGAUUUUUUAUCGUCUAUUGAAUUUGAUAUAGCACAAAAGAUAAUUGAAAAAUGUUUAAAAGGAUCAUAUGUUAGUGGAAAAACCGUUAUACUUGUAACCCAAUAUGUAAAAAAUUUUUUGGAUACUGCAACUUACGUAGCCAUACUUGGAGAGUCUACAGUUCUAGCUAAAGGUUCACCUGAGGAAGUUCGUGCAUCUGAGUUUUUAACGGAAGAAAUUCUUGAUAAAGACAUCAAGUCAGAUUCAACAAAAAAAGGAAAAGGCGAACAAAAUUUAUUGAAUCAAGUAACCGAAGGAAAAAUACCAGCUCGUGUUUAUCGUUUUUAUAUGAAAUCAAGCGGUGGAUUUUUUAUAUGGUUAAUACUGGUUCUUUUUUUCAUCACUGUUCGAUUUUUAACAGUUUGUGAAACCUAUUGGCUGAAAGUAUGGUCAGAUGUAUAUGGGAAAGAUAACAUUACUACUACAAUAGUGCAGUUUUCGUAUAAUAAUCCAAAAUUUUCAAAAUAUCAUAUAUUGGUUUAUGGUCUUAUUGCAUUAGCAUCUGCAUUGUUUACUAUAUUCCGUACAUCAUGGCAAUCAUUUAUAUCGCUUAAGGGUUCUAGGAACAUUUUCAAAAAACUGCUAAACUCUAUUCUAAGAGCGCCUUUAAGUUUUUUUGAUGCCAUUUCACUUGGAAAAAUAAUUAACAGAUUUUCAAAAGAUUUAGGGGUUUUAGAUCAAGGUCUUAUUACAGUUAUUUCAAGUUUUUUGGGAAAUUCUGUUGGUGCAUUAAGUGUGCUCGUAGUUGUUAGUGUUGUUGUCCAAGAGUUUAUUUUUGUUUCAUUUGUAGUUGUUGUAUUAUAUUUUUAUGUUGUCAUCAAAUACAUAAAUGUUUCAAGAGAGUUAAAACGAUUACAUUCUGUGACUCGAUCACCAGUGGUAUCAUGGUUCAAUGAAACAGUAACGGGCGUAGUAACAAUAAGAGCUUUUAGUUCUGAACGUGACUUUUCUAGGAAAUUUAUUAGCAGAUUAAACACUUCCAAUAGAACAACCUAUCUUCUUCAUAUGUCAAAUAGAUGGAUGUCGAUACGUUUGGGCAUUAUUGGUGCGAUUGCUUCAUAUUUAGCCGCUAUUUUUAUAUUAUGGGAUAUAGAAAGAAUUAAUGCAGGAUUGGCUGGUUUCUGUAUGACCUAUGCGCUUGGAUUUGUACAAAUUGUAUUUAUGCUUGUUAAAGAUUAUUCAACUAUGGAAACUGGGUUUAGCAGUGUUGAGAGAAUUGAGGAAUACACUCGAUUGCCACAAGAGCCAUUAUCCACCAUCAACAGCAGCAAUUUACCAGCAGCGUGGCCUACAGAUGGAUAUAUUGAAGUAUCUAACCUAACAGUUAAAUAUUCGCAAGAUGCGGUGCCAGUACUUCAUGAUGUUUCAUUUGUUGUUAACCCAGGAGAAAAAAUUGGAAUUGUUGGAAGGCCGAAUUCUGGUAAAACUACUCUAGUCAAUUCAUUUCUUAGACUUACAGAUACCGUUGACGGUAGCAUAAUUAUUGACGGUAUUAACAUUGCAAAUAUUGGCUCAAAGGGUUUGAGAACACAGCUAACAAUUAUAUCGAAAGAUCCAGUUCUUUUUGAGGGAACAAUUCGUUCAAAUCUUGACAUUGGUGAAGUUUAUAAUGAUGAUUAUGAAUUGUGGGAUGUUUUAAAAAGGGUACAUCUGUCUCAAAUUGAAAGUGAUUCAACAAGCAAUCCACUUUUGAAUAUUGGUCCUAUUACAAGUUUAGAAGAUCCUGUGAUUGAUGGAGGCAGCACGUUUUCUAAAGGACAGCGACAACUUAUUUGUUUUGCUAGAGCAUUACUUCGUAGAUCAAAGAUAAUAAUAUUGGAUGAAGCAACUGCAAACGUUGACCCCGAUACAGAUGAUAAAAUUCAAAAAAUUAUUCAAAAUGAAUUUAAAUAUAAUACAGUGUUAUACGAAGGUAGAGUGGUCGAAUUUGAUACACCAGAUCAACUUUUGAAUAAUCCAAACAACAACCCAUAUAUGAUUCAAGCAUUAAAAGUAUCACCAGCACCUAUAGAAUCAACAAUAUUGAGUAUUCUAUGA